AGACGACAGAUCUCUCGUCUUCAAGAUGGUGCAUUCGUAUAAUUCAUCUGAGAUCCAGCAAGUCGAUUCAAGAAAUUACUCACCCUACUCGAGCUACCCUUCACAUUCAGUCCCACCGAUGAAAGAUUGUCGUGAAGUUCUAGAAGAAAUCUUCACACUGGAAACAGUUUCAGAACAAAUAUCCAGAGUUGAUGAUCGAAUAAAGGAACUCGAAGAGCGGAUGAUGAGACUAGAUGCCGCCAGGGCCAAACUCAAAGAAGAACUGAUGGAGGAUUUUAGGAAGAUCGACGAGGAGGAGGAAAGGAGAAACACAGAGUUGCUUAGGAACAUUGAAGCACUUAAAAAGUUACUACUCCACAGCAAGCUUUGAGGAUCAAACAAGGGUUUUAAAAUAAACGAAAUUCUAAG